CGCACGCAUGCUCGCUGUGGGCUCCGACAUGGCGGCGCCCAGCGCGGCGCUGAGGCAGAGGCGGGCGGCGGCGGCGGGUGGCGGCGCCUCCGAAGCCCCCGAGAAGGCUGUGGCGGGGCCGCCGGGCAGUAGGGCCGGGUCGCCGCCGCCGCUAUCGGGCACCUUCUGGCUGACCCGCAUCGUGCUGCUGCGAUCCAUAGCCCUGCUUUACUUUGUGGCCUUCCUGGUGGCAUACCAUCAAAACAAGCAGCUAGUAGGAGAGAAGGGGCUGCUCCCUUGUAAACUGUACCUGCAGAAUGUCAAAAAGUAUUUCAGAGGGAAGAUAAACUUGGAUGCUCUGAGCUAUGCGCCAACAAUCAUCUGGUUUCUGGACUGGUCAGACAUGGACAGAACCUUGGACUACCUCUCCUUGUUUGGCCUGGCAACUUCAGCCUUUGUAUUGAUAACUGGAUGUGCAAACAUGGUCCUCAUGUCCGUCCUGUGGGUUCUCUACCUCUCGCUGGUCAACGUUGGACAGAUCUGGUAUUCCUUUGGAUGGGAAUCACAGCUCCUGGAAACAGGGUUCCUGGGGAUAUUUCUCUGCCCGCUCUGGACCCUCUCCCGCCUGCCCCGGCACACUCCUCCUUCCAGCAUCGUCAUCUGGGGCUUCCGGUGGCUGAUUUUCAGGAUCAUGCUUGGAGCGGGACUGAUUAAAAUUCGAGGAGAUCGCUGCUGGAGAGACUUAACUUGCAUGGAUUAUCACUACGAGACGCAGCCAGUGCCCAACCCCAUCGCCUACUUCAUGCAUCGCUCGCCGUGGUGGUUUCAUCAGUUCGAGACCUUGGUCAAUCACUUCAUCGAGCUGGUGGUGCCAUUCUUUCUCUUCCUGGGACGGCGGAUGUGCAUCGUACACGGCCUCUUGCAGAUCCUCUUCCAGGUGCUUCUGAUCAUAAGUGGAAACCUGAGUUUCCUCAACUGGCUGACCAUCGUGCCCAGCAUCGCCUGCUUCGACGACAGCAGCCUGGGGUUCCUCUUCAGCUCCAGGCGAGGAGGGGUGAAAGAGCUGGUGGUGCAGAUGCGGCUCAAAGAGGCAGCCGGGGAGCAGCUUCCCCCACGAUACGGCUUCUAUGUCCGCAAAGUGGUGAACAUUUCCUUUGGCAUCCUGAUUGCUUAUCUCAGCGUCCCGGUUGUCCUAAACCUGCUCAACUCCAGACAAGUCAUGAACACCUCGUUCAACCCGCUCAGGAUAGUGAACACCUACGGAGCUUUCGGGAGCAUUACCAAGGAGAGAACAGAAGUCAUCCUUCAGGGGACGUCCAGCCUGGAUCCCAAUGACCCCACUGCUGUCUGGGAGGAGUAUGACUUCAAAUGCAAGCCCGGGGACUUGAAGAGGAGGCCGUGCUUUAUCACCCCCUACCACUACCGCCUGGACUGGCUUAUGUGGUUCGCUGCCUUCCAGACCUAUGAGCAGAAUGAAUGGAUAAUCCACUUGGCUGGGAAGCUGCUGGCCCAGGAAGAGGAGACCUUGUCCUUGAUGGCAACGAACCCGUUUGCGGGCAGAGAACCCCCACGGUGGAUCCGAGGGGAACACUUCAAGUACAAAUUCAGCCAACCCGGGGGAAAGCACGCCAGAGAGGGGAAGUGGUGGAUUCGGAAGAGGAUCGGCCCUUACUUCCCCCCUGUCAACCUCCAGGGCCUGAAGAAGUUUUAUGAAGACAGGAACUGGCCGUACCCAGUGCGAGACUGAUGGAGGAGGGUGAACAAGGUCGAGAGGGACCGGCUGGGGAAGAGGGAGAGCAGUCAGCUCCCUUACAAACUACAUGUCUUGCCUUUCUCUGUAUUUUUUAUCCAUAUCCUUGUUUACACAUAUUUCACGGAAGGUUCCAGCCAACCUGUCCUGUUGUGGUCUGUUUUUUCUCAUCUUUCUGUUUCUUUCUGUUCAUCCUUCUCACCACGGCCUUGCCUGAUGAUCGAUUUCUUUUGCCAGGCUGCUCCCUUCGGAAAUCCUCAGCUCUAGAGUUUGAGAAAAAGGUGAACAAAUACUGUGAUUAGUUUUGGGGAGGUGUUGGUGUUGCUUUCCCUGACCCAUUGCAUUGUGUGAUGGCUGCAGAGGCGCAAGGUGAGAUUUCGGGGUGGUCUUCUGCCUCGGCCAGUGCUCACAGGUUCACUGGAGGCCGGCAUCGGGCAAAGCAGCCAGGUCUUGCUCUGCAGCUGCCUCAUGCAGAGCUGAUGCUGGCCCGGCACAGGGCACCGCUCCUCCAUCCCAUCCCAUCCCAUCCCAUCCCAUCCCAUCCCAUCCCAUCCCAUCCCAUCCCAUCCCAUCCCAUCCCAUCCCCACGUGCACUGCACCACCAGCACUGAGCCAUCAAAGCUGCUUUAUUCCCAACAUAGCUGUCCCCACGGUGCCCUUGCUGUCACCCUGGGAAGGGCCCGGUCGCCACCUUCUCACCGCAGGUUAAUGAUGGGGCUGAGCUACGCGUCCUGCCCGCCAGGCAUGGUCCGAGUGUCCCGCAGUUCAUCUCCGGGGCAGCACGGCAAGCUGGGACUGGGCAGUGCCCCCAGCCUGGGGAAAACACCCUGGGACCUCACCCUGAAUUUCCCCUGUCCCUCCAGUUUGCUUUGGAGCCUCUCCUCAUCUCGGUCUUUGUUUAAAAUCACUCCGAAUUGUCCCACCGCUUGAUGAGCCCCAAAUCACGGUGAUGGGAGGGGAGUGAGAGCAAGGACGGUGUGUGACACAGCCAGCAACUGGCCAGGGUAGUUUAUAAUAAUCAAUUGCUUGUUAGCACAUUCUGCUGCACGCGUUUCUUCUUGCAGAGGUAAAAAAAAGAUCAAAGCAACCUGUGUAAUGCAUAAACCCCCGUUGUAUCAGGGCUCGCCUGCAGAAAGCCGCAGGUUUACUGAGAAACCCGAAAUAGCUCCUUGCUGGAGCUGCCGUGUGGGCUUGGUGACUCAGCCCCGAGGACAAGCACAGCCCUGUGCGGCUGCCCUGUGCCAUGUCCCAGCGCUGCCCAUGCUCGUGGGUCGCCCGGGCGGCAGCGGCCGGGUUGGAAAGGCGGCCGGAGUCAACAAGUCUGCCGCCAGCCCCACCACCUUUAAACAGGUCUUGUUUUAACGGGCCCUGGCCUGGCAGCACAGACGCACGGGGCUGCGCCUUCCUGUUUGCUUAACCUGGGAUUUUUAUAACUGGUGCUUUUUGUCAGCAGCCCCGGGGCUGAAAUCCGCCUGUUUGGGGAGCUGGCGGAGUUUGGUGCCGGGGUCGUCUGACCGGCUGGUGUUCAGGAGGAGCCCAGCAUCCCACGGGCACAGUCCAGCGCUGCCGGCCAUCCACGCGCCCAAGCAGGAGAGAGCAGGGAGAAGCACGGAAAAGGGCUCGCCAGCCUUUUCCCCCUGGGUUUGUGCUCUGACAUUCACCUUGGCUCCCCGGGGAGGAAUUCCAGUGGCUGGAAAGCUUACAAUAAAGCUUUCACCCUUCCAGAGCAAAUUCAGCCCAAGCCACGUGCACGGGGAGAAGCGUCGCCGUGUGCCAGGCUCUGAAGCGGCUCGGUGCUCAGGGCACAGCCGUCCUCCCCAGUGGCCACCAACCUGGUGGGGACCAGUGGGCACCGUGGGAGGCAGAGGCGGUGGCCACGUCUCUGUCCCCAUCCCCAGGGCUCAUCCCUCUGAGCCCGUCCCCUCCCACGCGAGGUGUGCCGAAAGCAGCCAAAUGUGGUUUUGAAAGAAAAACGGGUCCAAACUGGGAAGAGCAAACCAGCAGGUAACUCUGGCGCUGGUGUGGGGCAGCGCGGGCUGUGGAUGCGGGCACAGAAAUGCCAUUUCACGCAUAUCUUCCCCCUUUUUGACUGCGCGUACCGAAUGGGCACCACCGGGAGUGUGUAUUUAUGGAAAGGGAUUAAAGCAAACAAGCUCUUGCAUAACCAGAGGGAGGUACGCUCAUUUUUUAUUUUUUCUAAAAGUGUUAAAAAGGGGAAAUGGCAGCAGCCCCGGGAGGGCAGCCCAGCCCUGGGUGCAGUCCCCAGGUGCCCGCCCUGAUGUGGUUCACCGGGGACAUGCCAGCUCCCACGGGGAUGAGGUGACAGGCAGUAAAUAAGGUGCGUCCUGGGUGUCGUGGCACUUAUUUGCAUUUGAGGGAGUGCCUGGUGUCGUGUCUGCGCAUCUGACCGCUGCCCCAGUGCGCCCAGCACAUCUCCCUUCCUUCGUGGCAUUGCAGGGUGCGUUUGCACGGCGCCUCCCGCUUGGUUUGUGGUUACUUUGUGGCUGCUCCAUCCCGGGCAGAUCCCACUUGAUGUGGCUGGAGGGAGCGGGAGGACCCUGGGGUGGUCUCCUGCCCGGGAGCUGGGAGGCUCGGAGGUCCUGUAGCACCGGGGGUGCAGGCUCUGCGGGGUGCCGGGAGGUGCCCGGCUUUGCCAGGGAGGAGCCAGCGGGCAGGGAGCGAUGGCUGGCAGUUGGCACCCGGGAAAGCCGUGACAGCGGCGGAGGUGCGGAGCCCGUGGCUUGGAGCCGCCGCGCGUCUGUAAGAUGUUAACACUCUUGGCCGGGGACCGGGAAAGUCCUAAACGUUACCCGGUCUUCUUCGAACCAAGACGAAUGGUUUAAUUGCGGGGCUUGGAGCAACGUAUAGGGUGCUCCAAAUUGUAAAUAACGUUUAUGACUCAAUUGUGUUUUCCUAAAUAUUUGCCAUAGUUGGAAACCAAUGCUCUUCUGCGAACAAUGGAAGAACAUUUUGUUCCGAUUACCGUGCGGAGAGACGAGGGCAAACGCUGUGAUCCUGCAUCUCUCUCCCAUUAUCGUCCUUCCUGGCUUGGCCGACCCGCCGAGGGGCCGGGGACGACGGAGGCCAGGUUGUGUCCCUCGGGAUCGGCGUAGUUCAGGGGUGGGGGAUCAUGUCUCCGUGGGUAUGGGAGAUAACAGUGUGGGUUCGCACUGAGCAUCUCCGUCAACGUGAGCUCAGGUGCUGCCUGCGCGUACCUCUUUGCUAGAUGUUAUUUUAGGCAUUUUAUUUAUUUUUCAAUUUUCUUCUCCCACGGCUGAAAUUGAGCCCUGGAGUUGGAUGCACAGAGCAAGGCUGGACCCUGUCCCAUCACCCUGUCCCACCUUGGGCAGCCGCCGGCAGUCGGGCACUUCGGCAGGAUUUUUUCGGGAGGUGAAAGUUACUGACCCUUCGGGUAUUAUGAAUACAGCUUCUGCAAGCUGUGCUCCCCUGUCCCUGUGCGUGGCCGUCGGUGGCUCUGCUGUGGCACUGGGUGCUCCCCAGUGCUCAGUGCGGGCCAGCAGCCGGCUUUCCUCAAGAGCAUCACCCACAAAAUCUCGGGUGGGGAGGAUGUAGCCAGGAGAAGCCCCCACGUGCACACAAAUUAAUUGACACCUUUCCUCCCCCACUCCUGGGCAGGGUCCCCGCGGGGAAUCGGUGAUGCCGGGGGGAGCGGAGCCGCAGGGAGCCCCCGCCGAGAGUGCUUUGGUGUUUGCGUGGUGGCGUCGUUCAGCCCCUCCAAAUGCGUUCUGCACGUGUUCGCUGGGGACGGCCGGGGCUCGGGGCACACUGCCUUCCUCCCUGCUGAAAGCCGGGCGCAUCGCUGCAUUCAGUACUCGCUCGGCGAUGGCCCUCGGCAGAGACCCUCGAACCCUCCCGCUUGGAAAAGUGCCCUCCGCUCCCUGCCCGCUCCUUGUCCCAGCACUGGGGCUGUUUAUCCGAGAUGGACGUGAUUGAACCUCUGUGGGUUUAGGAAGGUCCCUGCUGCCAUCCUGGGUGGGGGGAGCGUUUUCAUCCUGGAGAGGAAAGGCUGGAGUGGCCCCUACGCGUCCUUCUGGGGCGAGGAAUCACAGGCUCGAGGAUGCUCCUGUUUAACCUGCGCUGAAGGUCGAGCUCCUGUCCCUGCACGUGGUGGGGACACACUGGGCAGGGGACCACGCUGGACGCUUGCACCCUGGGCCCUGCCCUGCUGGCAGCUGAGUCUCCCUUCACAGAUGACCAAACACUACAGGUUCGAUUCCCUGCACAUCCAAACCCCAGCGCACCCGGGAGCUCUGGGGACCGUCCCACGGGGCAGGUUGUCCCCUCCAGCUUUGCUUUGUGUUGCCGUAGCGGUUUCCUCGCUUGUGUUUUAUUUUUCCUGACAUCAUUUUGGGCUUGUUUUUUUUCUUUGCUUUCCACACCUGCAGCCCCCCGACCCGCUGCCAGGUCCCGGGGGCACCCCCUCUGCCGCACACCCGAAGCUGGGGCUUCCCCAGGCGAGUCCUGGGGGCGACCACCACCACGGUGGGCACCGGCCCGGUGAUGCCAGCUGGCAGCAGGUCCGGGCUGCAGGAUUGGACCGGCUUUUUUUUCCUUUUUGCCAAGAUUACUGCGUUUUGAAAGCAUGAGACCCCCUAGCAAGCACAGCUGGGUUUGUAUUUCCCCACGUUGGCCACUGCGGCAGGGUCGGAUCCCACAGCCUUGGCCGAGCUCAUCUGGGCUGUUCUUCCCCUGGAAAAAGGAAGCCUCCCUGGGCUUUAUUUUUUUUUUAAUACCGCGUAUAAAUGUCUAUUCCUGUUGUUGCUGCGGGGGAACACAAAGUGAAUAUAUAUUAGCAGAUGGAUUUUAGCUCAUCUCUCAUACACAGGGAAUGGCUAAAUUGAUCCGUGCUUCCAUCAUUUGGGAAGACCCAGCAGCGUGGCUUUCGGAGUGAACUGGAAGGGACGAUGCUCAUGUCAAGAAGAUGUGGGAGGCUGGAUGAGACCCUCCAGGGGUCCCCGGUGGGGCUGGGUUCUUUGGUUACUUUAUUAUCCUGGCUGCCCUGUGAGGCUUUGGCUCAAACUUCAUUGAAUAUAAAGUUGCAAGGGCUUUUGAGGUUUUACAGAUCAUCUACCUGUCCCAAGCCCUCCAGGAGAGCCGUCUUCUGGUGGUGAGAUGGAAACCUGUGCUGUGUGUUAGUGUGCAGCGUGUUUAUUCUCCCGCAGGCGUUUCAGAUUCAGCUGGAAAAUCUUUAAUGAUGGAUUUAUAUUAGGAAGUCCUGUUUUCCCAUGAGGGUUUAUUUCUGCUGCAGGAACACAGAGAGGUCCCCGACUCCAUCGUCACCACGGUGGUCACUGGGCUCUGGGAGGACAUCUGCCCCUCGCCAAACCCCCUGGAACCGACAGCCUUCCUUUAAAAAAGCCUCUAGGGCUGGUGUAAAAACCCUAAGAUUUGGGGGAAAAAGUCAUUCCUUCCAUUUGAUGUUUUUGAGAUCCAUCCAGGUUGUAUUUUCAAACCUUUCUCUGGAUAAAAGCAUGGAUUUGGUGCGUGUUUUGGGAGCGUGGCCCCUGCAGUGGGGUCGCUGGUGAGGAGCUGCCGGAGAACGUGAGCUUGCGCCUCUGCGAGGUCCUUGUGCGGGGCUCAUGGGGCUCCUGGUAUUAUCCAUACCAGCAGCUACAAUGCACCAACCCAGAGAUUUCCUUAUUCCUGGAUCAUUUCUAAACUGUAGUUAUUUGUUUUCAAGUAGCCAGCCUUCAGCCUGGGAGUUCCCGUAGAAAAUACGUGUGUUUGUAUGCCUUCCCUGCUCCCAGCUGCUUUUAGAAGCUGGCUUUACUUUAACACAUAUUAAAGGAAAGAGCUUUUUUCCUUCCCAGUAGAUUAAGUUUGGCUAAACAAUUCAGUGUGAACUGCUGGGCAUGAGGCAGAAACCUGUAGGCUAAAUUACCCAGCUGCUAUAAGUUUAGACCAGCAUGGGAUGAAUUUCAGGAUUGUAUAUUAGUUUUCAUUUAAUCUGAUUAUUCUGGGCUGGAGUUCCUGGAGGGUCUUCAGGUUAUUGUCAGUCAAAAGAAUCUUUAAGAGCUUCCAUUUGCACUAAACUUUUCCCAUUAGAAGUCUAUUUUCAUUAUGGAUCAAUUUUUAUUUUAAUGAAAAAAUGAUUCUCCCAACCCCCUGCUUUUUUUUUUCCCCCGGCUGGGGUUAAAACUGGAGCCACAACAGAGUCUUGCCACUCAAAAUGCCAUUUGCCUCUCUUGCUGAGGCCGUUGGCUUGCUCGAAAGAGCUUGGGCAGAGGAGGAGGAGGCAGAAAAUGCAGAAAGGCACCUCCUCUGCUCCCAGCGAUGCUUCCCGGUACCCGCCUCCUCAUCCUCAAACCCUUCCCUCGCUGGGAAAACGCUGUAAGAGGCAUGAAUCCUGGGGGGGUUUCUAGCUCAAAAGACUCGGAGACUAAUGCAGGAUUAAUUGGUCUUAAAAGCCCGUUACUGCAUGCCUGGGAGUCGCGCUGUCAAUUCACGGGCUGGCUUCUCUCUGCCACUGACUCUCGGCUUCCAGUUUGGGGAGCCUGGCUGGGAUGGGGGCGGGGGGGAGAGCAGCAGGAGCAGACCCCACGAGGGCUGGGAAGGCAGCAAACCCCACGUUUUGUGCUGGCGAGGAGAUCCCUGUGGGGUCUGUCCCUUGGGCAGGAGCGACAGCUUUGUGGUAUGGGCUGGCUUCAGGCUUCCCCGGCGCUGAGCUGAAGGCACCUCCCUGGGGCAUCCAUCAUCCAUCCCCCCUCAUCCCGCUGCUGCAGGCGGGAUGGAGAAGGGACGAGAACCCGCCCCAGGGCUGUGGUAAGGAAAAAACAGUACAGAGACGUCCAGAAAUAAACCCCAAACUCAUGUUCUUUAUUGAUGCAGGAUUUUACAUUGGAUGUGCUGGCCUAAACCUUCUGGAGUCCACGUGCCCUCCCUGCUGCUCCGGUAGGCGAUCCCAGCGCUGACCCAUUGGGGGACCAGGACCAUGCCAGCCCAGUGCAAGGCUCUGCAGGGACAUCCCGGUACCUUGUCGCUGCCUCAAAUCCUCAGUUUGCUCAGGUUUUGCACGUAGGCAGGUGAGGAGGAAGGAGCUGAGCUGCGGCGCCGAAUCGUCCCUGUGCGAGUUGUGCCCCGGCCGUGAUGCCGGGCACCGUGUGGCUCCCCCGCGACGGCAUCGGGAUUCUCCAUCCUGCUCUGCCGCCUCCUUCCCGCAGCGAGACGGUGAUCAGGACGAGCCCUUGCCUUCAAUUUUCCGCAGUCCGUGGGAUUUUGGCAUGCCCUCCAUGUCACCAAAACGCCAGGUUUCCCCCCCUUUCCCCCGGUACAGGCUGGGAGCCUGCUUCCUCCGCGGUAGCAGCUCCGGAUAAGAUUGCACGUUUUCGAGCUUUUCCCUGUGUGUGCCUGUUGCUGGGACAAUUAUACUAAAAUCACACCACCUGCAAGCGGUUAGUUAGAAUAAUAAAUAAGUGAUAGAUUAUCAAAUAAAGCGUUGGCUUCACAUGAGGUCAUCCUAGCACCGUGUCGCGGGUCUCGGGGGGGCUUGCAGGCUGCUUUCCUGCCCCUGAUGGGCUAAAUAGCUCUUGUAUCAGUCAAUAAAAAAAGUUGUAGAGAUUAAAGAAUCAAUUAGGUAUUAGCCAAAGGGGCAAAAGCGUAACCCAAACAUGCUGAUAAAAUCCAGUAGGUGAUUAUGGGAAUGGUUCUUAUUUCAUCUUACUUUUGAAAGGAAUAAUUGCUCGUUAUAGAGCAUGGAGGGACCUGGACUGGAUACUUUUCCAGCUUUAUAGAGGAGGAAAUUCCAGCGUUCGGCUGACAAACGCAGAGGCACGCCGCGCUUUAGGGCCGAAUGGGUAUUUUUUGAUUCUUACUUUGAGGAGCAUCAUUUUGUCCUAGGAAAAUUGGCCAGAAGAGCUUGGUCGGUUAUUUGGUGGCCCAGGGCACCUUGCCCGUGGUGGGGGUGAGGAAGGAUGCUCUCGGAGGAAGCGAGAGGGAUGGGACUGAACAUCGGCGCCUGGGUAUUUUGGAGCCCCGACACUCUGCUGCUUAGCACGCAAACAUUGAUUAACCAAGUAAAAUCCGAUCAGCUGAAAAAGCAUUUAGGGAUGUAUAUUUUUAGAGUGUUUUUUUUCCAGUAUUUACCAUACAGCCUUCCGUUUUCCAGGAACACACAUCUGCAGCGCCGGCCCCAGCCCGGGCUGGCAGCUCGCGGUGGGGAAUGGGGCUGCGCAACGUCACGUUCUGCUAAUUCAUGCGAACGUUUAUUAAGUGUUAGUCUAGUGCAAAACCUUACCUCAUUUUGGGCCAAAAAUAGGGAGUACCUGUGCCAGGGGGUGGCUCCUGGGGAAAGAGCGACCUGAGCAUCCCACCCGGCAUCCCCAGCGCUCGUGGGCUGCUCCAGGGAUGCGGCAGCUCCGGAAACCCUGCGGAUGAGCCGGGGGAUGAGCAGCAGGAGGGGUCACUCUGGUUUAGCCUAUGUGUUUUUGCAGGACGGGGCAUUCGCCAGAUCAUUUUCCAGGGAGGAAAGCUCAAAUGAAUUACCGCUUUUUUUUCCCCCCCUCAUAUUAAUAUGAAAUGUUGGGUUUUACAAGGGGAAAAAAGCAUGGAUUGAAUCUUUUCAACUCAUUUCUGUUUGGAGCUGUUUCUCAAGGGGAAGCACAAUGCUUUGGAAUGGACUCUUAAGUCGUUUCCACCCCACAAGAAGCACUGGCUCUUCACUGCUCCUGUCCCAAGCAAACAUCCAUGUUGGGAUGGAGCAGCUCCCAGGAAGGGCUGCUCUGUUGGUGCGCUCAUUCCCUUUCCUGCUUAAAAGGGGGAGAUUUACAAGCCAAAAAAGCAAAAAGUGAGCCACGCUGCAGGCGCUCUGAGCCUGGGGGUACUUCGGAGGUGGCACGAGGACGUUGUGCCACGGGGACAUCAUCCGCCAGCGUCCCCUUUGCUGGAGCCUGGCCGGGUCCUGCUGCCUGCGCUUCUCCCAGCCACGCUGCCAGCCGCCCGGCCCUGCCUGCCUGGAUGCUUAUAUAUCCUUCACAAAGCAUUAUUUUUAAUGGCGUGUAUAUAAAGCGCGCGCACAGUGCACAUCGCCGCCGGGCUGGCAGCACCUCUCAGCCCGGGGUCGGGAACGAGCUGUUUAUUGCCCUGUGCCCUCACCGCGCCGCUCCCCGCGUACGUGCGCGGGCGGGGGAGACGGGGAAUUUGUUUUUUCCCUUUGGGUUUUGGUUUUUUUUUUUUUUCCCUUUUCACAGGUCGUAUACCAGCGGGCCGGGCCGGGCCGGGGCUGCGGGCAGGUUGCCUUGUGCGGGUUUGUUUGAGGAACGUUGGAGAGUUUAUCCCAGCUGGGCCGGGGAGGUGUUUGCUGCCCGCCGGGGGCAGAGGGGCACCAUGGCUCAGGCAUCGCCUGGCCUCUGACUCUCCACGUACACAAAAAAAAAAAACCAGAACCAAAAAUAGAAGCCCAAGGGCUAGCUGCCCAGCCGGCGUAACAGCUCUUGCAAAAGCUAAUUUUGCCCGGCUAACGAUGGAUGGCGGCGGCACUGGGAGGGGAAGAAACGCUGGUGCCGCGGCAGGGAGUUGGGUUUCAAGUGCAGGGGAAAAAAGAGCCCGAUCCUCGCUCGGGGGCUACGCGCCGCUAAUCCCCUGUUUAUUCUCCGUCUAGCCCAGCCGCCCACGCUCUCCUAAGCUUUUGUUCAUUAACAAGGUCCAGGGUAAAAAGAUACCUCUGCGGCAGCUGUCUGCAGUGCCAGCAGGAGCGGUUGGUGUCGGCACGGCCGCGUCCUCCUCCGGCCCCACAAUGCGAACUCCAUCCUCCCACGGCAGCUCCGGCUUCGCGGGGUUUGGGCCCCUUCGGGGUUAUUUCAGCUGAGGAUCACGGCGCAGCCCUGCUCCUCGUCAAUUCCGAUAAAGGUUAUAUGCUUUUAAGAAAGUGGCAACAACAAGGAGGGACCGGAGUUGUGUCUGCGGGGCGAGCUCUGGCAGCCCACGGAAGGCUCCAGCCCGGGGUGCGUUAACCCCACCGGUACGGCAUGAGCAACCCCGCGUGCUGGCCCAGGGCUCGUACGUUUAAUUGGCAAAUUAAUCUUUGUCUCCUGGGCCAAAUUCCAGAGCCAGCUGCUGCCCUGAAGUGAUGGAAAGUGGAGUGUCAGUGGGAAAGGGGGAUCUCCACGCUCCAGGUUAUAGAUCCAGUUUUGCUCACAAUGAAGUGUUGAAAGAGGCAAAUCCCUUGUAGAUAAAAUUACAAUAAUUAUUAGUAGCAAUUUACCGCUAAUCAUUAAUUGUUAAUAAUAAUGCAAGUGCUGAGACACUAAGGCAGAUAAAUGUAUUUUGGAAACAAAAGGCCAAUCUGUAAGGCUAGGUAGAAUUGUUCUAUCUCCUGGAAUAAAGUAAUUUUAUACAGGCUAAGAAGGCUUGGCAAAACUUUAAACAAAUUAAAAGGUGGCUGAAUUUAUAUGACUUCCAUCUCUGAGAUGAUCUUGUCUGUCCCUAAACAGAGGGGAGACGCUGCCUGUACCUACAGUGGUUGCAGCACCACUCAUGUACAGCCGUUGUUGGAGCCACAUCCAUCCCUGCCUGCGAGGGAGCGCAGCAGGAGCCCGGCUCUGCCCCUUGAGCAGGACCCGGAGCCAAGAACCCACACCAGAAAAGUCACAAGUUGAGCCAGAAGACAAGGAUGAGACGUUGUGCUUCUCCCCGUCUCCAGGAAGGCCUUCAGCUCUUUUGGGAAUGACCACACCGCAUUGACAACCCUUGCCCCGAGAACCCUCUGCCGAUCCCAGUGCUCGCCCAGCCGGAGACUUUGCCGAAGCCGGAGCCAACCGCGGCGAAGCCGGACGUGCCGGUGGCAGGGCGAGCAGCGGGUGGUUUGGUCGGCUCCUUGAGACAUCCCAGCAUCCCUUCCCGCUCCUUCCUUUUCUCUAAUUAAUUGCAAUUUCUGUCCCUUUGUGGCUGCGGAGGGGCGAGCGGGGAGCGUGCAGCUGUGGGCUCGGCGGCGGAGCAGCCAUCUGCAGCGCCCGCCCGGGAAAAAAGCCUCGCAGCUGCGUGCGCCUGGUACCGGCGGUACCCGGACGAGGUCAUUCAUCACCAGGAGCCCGGGCAAAGAAGCUUGGCAGGGAAAAGGAGGACGGCAACCACAGGAGGCAAAUCUUAAAAAUACUCUGCGACAGCGGGUGUUGUAUCUGCAGCCCCGGAGGUUGUUUCCUCUUGCUGUUAUAGAAGGGCAGGAUGCGUCCGUUGUGUCCCAAGUGGGAUGGAGGUGCAUCAACGCACCACCAUCGAGCUGGUCCUGCCCGUCAGCGGGAGGAAUGAGCCAAGCCCUGGAGCCAGCUCUGCCCUGAGAGGUGGGAGCGGGAGGUGGCAAGAGCACCCCUUCCCAAGAAGCACGGCAAGGGGUUCACCAAAGAAGAGAGCGGAUAUCGAGAGCUGCAUGAGGAACAAGGGUCACCAAAACCCCACCUGCAGGUCCCUGGACACAGAUGCCACCACCAGACCUGUCAGUGGAGAUGGCUUUGCUCCUGCAAGAUGGGACGUGGUCGUCUUCCCGUCAGAAAGAGGCGAAGUCCCGCUGCGAAGAGCCCGCGCCCGGCCAGCUGCUUUUCCCGUCACUCCUCUGGACGCCAGAGACAAAGGAACAGGCUGGGAAGAGUCAAAGCCUUCGAUCUGGAAGCCUUAAGUGAUUUCUGCUGCCACCGCAGGUAGCACAUGCCAUCUCUGCUAACCAGCAUCUCCCCUAUGGCUCCCGCUGCUGCUGAGGAAGCAGGAUUGUCCCGGGGUCUUGUGAACGGAGACGAGACGUUGUCGGUGCAGUGCUCUGCGGCAGACUGCAGAGAGCCCAGACCCUCAGGAACGUAGCCAGGUUACUUCAUCUCCAUGUACUCCAGUUCCUCAGCUGCAGAAGAGGGAUUAUAACAGUGGCCACCCUCCCGGACACCUGUGAGCAUUGGUCUGUUGGUGGCCGAGGACGCACAGGGGGAUGCACUGCAGCAGGGUGAUCCUGUGUGGUAUUAAUACCUGAUGCCACGGCCAACACCCAGGUCCCACGUCAAGACCUCGGACGCAUUUUGGGUGCCUGAAGGCACUGAAUUUCUGCACAUGGAUGGGCUGCUCAGAGACAGAGGAGAUGGUAACACGGUCCGAGGUGAGGAGAGGAUGCAAACGAUGGUGAAUGGAUCCAACCGUGCACCUUCUGCGAGGGCGCAGCAUAUCAGAGUUACUGACGUGCCCGACCUGCCUGUGAGUGGCUGGGUGCGCUCGGCAUCUGCAGGGCUCUUCUCAGAUGAACUCAUCACAGUUUCCAGGCAAAUAUGUGGAAAACACUUGCAGGGCACCUGCUCCCCCACCCGCACACCUGGAGACCUUCUGCCUUCACUUCUUUGAAUGAUCGGCUGCGCUCACUCAUCGCCUCCGGGACCUGGCCCUGCUCCUCCGGACCCGCUCAUCACGCCACGCCGGACGGGUCCCUCCUGCCUUUUAAGCAGACGAGAGCACCGUAUGAUUUCAUGGCUGCACCGGUGUGUCGUGCACCUGCCUGGAAACUUCUCGAGCACCUGCUGGUGCCGGGCGUGCUGGCACACGCUUGUGUGCGUGGAGAUACUGGGGAAGAUCAGAGCUGUGGAGGGAAAGGUGGUCACACAGCCCCAGGGUGGCAGUGGGUGAGGUCCUUCAGAGGAAGAAAACAGGAUGGCAGUAACAUCACUGGAUUUCCAAGCCGAGAAAUAAUUUUGAAAAAUUGAGCAUUUCGUCAUUUUUUGUCAUGUCCACAUCAACUUUUACCAUGAGUGAAAACCCAGCUCUUCUUUUUGUGUUUGCUUUGUGGCUUUAUGAAGACAUAAAUCCGUGUAUCUUGGUUCCUGCGUGUCCUUAUGGGACUCCUAGAGAUAUCAGCGUGCUCCAGUGAUAACGACUACUCACUCUCCAGCACCGGUGUUUUACAGUCCACCAGAGCAAAUCCCACUUGCCUGCCCUCCAGUCCAAAGUCACAGAAUCACAGAAUCACAGAAUGGUUCAGGUUGGAAGGGACCUUAAAAAUCAUCUAGUCCAACCCCCCUGCCCUGGGCAGGGACACCUCCCACCACACCAGGUUGCUCCAAGCCCCAUCCAGCCUGGCCUUGAACACCUCCAGGGAUGGGGCAGCCACAGCUUCUCUGGGCAGUUCCAGUGUCUCACAACCCUCACAGUAAAGAAUUUCUUCCUAAUAUCCAAUCUAAAUCUCCCCUCUUUCAGUUUGAGGCCGUUACCCCGUGUCCUGUCAUUACACUCCCUGAUAACGAGUCCCUCCCCAUCUCUCUUGUAGGCCCCCUUUAGGGACUGGAAGGCUGCUAUAAGAUCUCCCCAGAGCCUUCUCUUCUCCAGGCUGAACAACCCCAACGUCCCCGAGUCCAGAGAACUGAGGGGACACCGGAUGGUCUGGCAUGGCCCAGUGAUGGGAGCCAGCCCGGGGAGAGCGGGGCAGAGACUGGAUAAAGCUCAUGGAGAUGGCUGAUUUGCUACCUUGAACUUGUUGGGCUUUUCUUAUUGCUAACAUCUGUGCUAGGGCAAGAGGUGUGUGAGCAUCUACCUGCCCGUAGGGUGCAGAGUGGAGGUGACCUUUCCACGGGCCAGCGCCGAGCAGCUCGGAGAGAGCAGGGCCGUGCGACUGCUGAAAUGGCCUGGCAGGAGGUCUUUAGAUUGCUCGAUGUCUCUGUACUGAAAAGCAAUACCUGCUGAGAUUAAACCGUUUGGCCUCCUUCCCCCUGUCUCCAAGGCAAACAUAGACAGUUCUAUUCAUACCCACAAGAAAUACAUAUUUCAGCAUUUGAUUCUUUUUGUGUGUGCUUUGUUUUAUCUAGCGCCAUGGAGCUUGGAUGUCUUUUUCAUCUCAUAUUGUGCCUUGGAUGCAGCCUCUUUUAUUCAGCCCUCUUGCUGCCUUCAUAAAGCAUAACAGCGGCAGUUGUUGUUUUUUCCCCUGGAGCAUGGGCUGCUGUAAACCAAAGGGAAACUUCUUGCUGAAAGAGGGAGAGGGCAGGCGGGACGCUGACAUAUCCAUUUCCACACCAGAGCUGCAGCCCCACGGGCCGUGCAGUUUGGCUUUCUCAAGCCUUCAUGGAGAGCAUCAAAUUGUCCUAUAAAAAUUCUUUUCUUGAAUUUUAUUUUCCUAAGGAGACAGGCCCAACUUGUAAACUUGGGACUAAAAUCUCCUACAUCUUAAAUGGACAGCAAAGCCCAAGAUAAAAGCCGUGGCACUGAAAUAUAAUGGCAUCUACGGAUUCUGCCUUUCACCCUCCCUAAAUUUGCACCUGAAGCCUCCUUUUCCUGGCUCUGGAAAGUCAAGCCCCAUCUCUUACAACCUCUCAGCAGCUGUCAUAAAGGAGAAAACCUUGCAAGGACAUUUCUGCUUAUCUUCCAGUUCAGGAGGGACAAGAGCUGCUGGCCCACGUGCCAGGCUUGGAGGAUGUGGUCCAGCCUCACCUCCAUCUUCCCAUGAAGGUAAUUUGGGGUGAGGAUGGGAACUGCUGCCCCCAACCUCUUCCUCUCCGUGUCCAGCUUGAAAGUCAUGCUGUAUGCGUACCAGACAGGGAAAGGUGCGUCAGCCCUGUCCCGAGGUAUCAUCCAUCUUGCUGUCGGUGGCUGUGCUGCUCACAUCUGUGCUUCCCCCUGCUUAUGCCAUUAGCUCUGCGGCGUGGCCCAGGAACAAGUGCAGCCGGGGUUUCGGCUCCGCAAGUCACCAGCUGCUGAUAAAUCGCUUUCCUGGAGAUCAAUCGCUUCCCGUUUGCCGUGCAAACACCUGGGCUGCCUGCGCCAAUUGGCUCUGCCGGACACUGGGGAGAGGUCCCCAUCUGUGGUCAUGCUUGAGACACUCUGAAAAACAGUAAGAAAAUACGGGCCCCAUGUUCAAACCAAAAGAGGGGAAAGGCUGGGGGUGGGACCUGGGCACCCCCUUUUCACUCCUUCUUCUCUUUCCCUCCUGCUGCAGCCUUGCUCUGUGCCUGGAGGUGGACAACGUCGGGGGAAAUGUGUGUUUGGGGUUGUCUAAGGUGCAACAAAGAACUUCCCAUGGGUCUGAAUUAUACAGGAUCAUCAGGUUUUAGUUAUUUCCACCCUAAAUAUAAAUAAUGUGCUAAGCAGAAAUUUGCUUAUGCAGAACCCUCUAGGCACUGGUUCCCAAUCAUCCAGCCUGGAUUACCUCCCAGACUGGGUGCUGCAAGCCACACCAUCCUUUCCCUUUCGGGUCUCUUGCCGUGGUGGUGGUUUCCAAAGACCAUGAGUGAUGCUGGAAGCAAGAACAUAUUGUGGCAAUAUGUUGCCCUUGAACCCUGAGUUGGGAAUCGGGGAUUUUAAGGCAUUUGAAAUCUGUAUCUGAAAUCUGUGACUCGUGUUGUGCUCUGACCUGAGAGAAGGAUGCUUCCAACUGAGGUGGCUGCAUGAGUUAGCCAGACCAGCUCUCCUGGGACCCCACACUGCUGCCUGGGGAUGGCAGCUGGGAAGCAGCGCCCCAAGAUACCCUUCCCAGCGCUAAGAUCUGGUCCUUCAUGCCCAGUUGCAGAGGGCCAGGUGAGGGAUGGCCAGUACCGUCCCUGCUAACGGAGCUGCACAUCCACCCCUCCGGCACCGCGGGCAGAGGAGGCAGGACGGGCAGGGUUGGGAACAGCAUCUCUUCAGCCACAUGCGUCUCUUCAGCUGCGCAGACCACCGAAGACAAAUGAACUGGAGGAAGCAUUUCCUCUGCCGAAGGCUCACACCCGGGAGGUUUAUUGAUCACGUUAUUAAGAGCUUUCCAAAAAGAAGAGAACAAAAUUAUUUUCUGGCCUGAAAUUUCUUCCAAGACUGAGCGGAGAUCCUGCGUUGAGGCAAGGGCUGUUGGACACCAUCAUGGGAAGGACAUCCUGGCUACCUGCCGGGCUUGGCGAGGGCUGCAGCACCCACGCAACUCCACUGCCGGCUGUCCUCGGCCAUGCGCCUUGCUCCUGCCCAACACCAGGACUGCACCGCUCGGCCAGCGAAAAGAGCUGGACGCAUUUGAGAGCAUGGACAGCAGGGCUGGGCUUCUUCCUGCCUUUACACCGGGGGGGGACAACCGUGCUUAAAAGCUGGAAGAUGGGUGAAACGGCGGUGAGGAAAGGGUCAAAACACAUCCCUCCGACUGCGAGCAAAAGAAAAAUGUUGGCAGAGCAAACCUUGCCACAGGAAUAAAAGGUUGUCCUUACUGUUCAUAUUACUCCACAUGGGGUGAGUAAAACUGUCGGUCGGACUGAAGCGUCUGAUAUACAAAGGGGAAUAAAAACUCAUUAAAGGUCUAAAAGGAAACCCUAUUAAAAUACCAACGAUAAAAUGGAGGAGACUUGAUCACCCUAGUGCUAGAGAAGUGUCAGGGUUUGAAUGAACCUGACUUUUUUUUUUUUUUUUCCCCCCCCUGAAAGCAGAGGAAAUGUGUUUUGUGGAAAGCCAGGUGGGAUGAGGGGCAGGUAGAGUGUCAAAGAGCACUGAUAAUAUUUCAGGGUCUCGCUAGGAGCCUGAAAUACGAAGGGGAUUUAUUCGGCUUUCGGCAGGGAGGAGAGUGCUAGCAGAUUUUUGAAGGCAUUCCAACGAGGUUCAUAUUCAUCUGUUUCUUAAAUCGAGAGCUCUUGGCUGCUGCUGUGCCGAGGUAGGGCGCAUCUCUACUUCUCCUCUCUCCUGCCCGGGACGCAAGCUGGCUCGUAGCCAAAGGCAAAUUAGCGCCAGUGGGUCCUUGUGAUUCUCCUGCCCUGGCCCGGCUGUUGUCCCCCAGAAAAGCCAACAAACCAGACCAUUUUUACAGGGCCUGAAAUACCCUGAGCACAGUCUUUCUCACGGCAUCUCAUUUCGACUUUAUUUGGUCUUGGGGAAGGAAAGAAAUUAUGAGGGGAAAGAGCUAAAUGAACCAUUUUCUUUCAAGCAUUUAAAAACCAUGUUGUCCCGUGAGCACUGGAAGUAGCGAAGUCUGGUUUCCAAUGGAUUCGUGCCUCAUGGUCGAUGGACUUUUAAACCGAACUGGGGCUGCAACAGGCUUUCACCCCUUCUUAGACACCAGAAAAGCCACGUGGGGAAAAAAGACAUGAUGAAUACCUCACCCAGAGCAAUUCCUGCCUGAUCAGCCACCCCAGAGUCCCCUUCUUAAGCAUUUUCCCCUAUGCAGAGUCACUGGUGUCUCAUAAUCAUGAAUGCUACCAAGGCUUUUCCAUGGCUUGGGAAUUUUUGUCCCAUCUCUUCCUGGAUUUGUAGUUUUCUGAUCACGGUUGAACUCAGAGAAAACAUAAAUGGAGGGUUUCUCUCUCACACACAGGCAGAUCUCUUAUCGGAACACUUUUAGGAAUGUGUUACCUUUGGGAUUUCUACUUGCUGUCCCAUUUGGUUGAAAUGGGCACCAGAGUUCAGUAAUUAUCGGGGGUUGGGGCUGUGAGGGAAACAUGCACUCAUACAUGGGCUAUCACCACAGAAAUCUCAUCUCCUCACAAAAUCAGGGUUCAAGUAAAAGCUUGUUUCUUAUUUAGAUGGAGGUAGAGAGCCACUAAGGCAGACCCUGUGCUGUUUUCCUUGCUCCGCUACUGUUUCUCUCCUCCUGCACAGUGAGGCAAGUUUUUUCUCAACUCCUCCUGUUGGAUCCUGGGUUUUGGAGAACACAGAUGGUUUUCUCCUAUCUCAGCAACAUCAGGAUACAAACAGGGCUUGUCAUUCACUCAUACGCACGUUAUAAUCACGUAAGUCCUGCUGCCUUAUGAAACCUGAGCAGAGCUGAUUCCAUACAGCAGACGACACUUUGUCAGCCCAUUGCAAUGCACUAGGAGGCACUUCAAAGAUUAUAGUGGGGAGGAACCCACCUUCAUGUCACCAUGGAAAGUUUGCCCAUUAACAGAGGCAAUGAAUCUGCAGAGAUGCCAAAGGUAGCUAGAAAAGACCACAGCUCUUUUCCCAGAAGCUCAGUUAUAAGAAUCUCUUUUACCGUUCCUGCACUGAACAUCUUUUUUUUGGGCCAAACAAGCACAAGAGCCAUGACAUGAGUCAGCUGCGAGUGCCUGGAAAGACCUGCGGCACCUUGGUUGGGCUCAGCAGACUGAUGGAUUAGCACUUGUCCACGUGGAAUUGUAGGUUUCAAUCCUCAGAGCCUUUUCCAGUCAAUUGAUCUAUCCCAAGCCUUUCAUCAGGUACAAAUGGGCCUUUGACUUUCAACAGAAUGAAGCAGCAGUAAAUACAAAUGGGACGUGAAAAGUUUUUUUGAACGGACAUUUUAAUGGUCUGUUCGCUCUACAGCUCUGCUGUUGCGGUCAGAGAGAAAUUCCCCUUCUACUUCAGGAGCUGGUGGAUAGAAACCCAUUCCUCCAGCCCUCGUCUGUUCAUUCCCAGGGAGCAGACGUCUUCUGCAUAUUCAUUUAGUGUCCCAACCUGGUCCAGACUGCUCCUCGUUGGGCCUCCUGGAAGUACCGAUGUGGGUCCAGGAUCUGGGACCACUGAUCUGGGACCCUUCCAUGCCUCUCCCCUGUAAAAUAAACAAAGAGCGUGGCAGGGCUCUGGGGAGAUGAUGGGCACAGCCCCAACAGCCGGUAGCAGCUUUAUUGAUGCAUGGUGUUGUGUCUUCCUUCCUUUAUGUUACCCUCCAGACUGCAGCUAAUUAUUGUCUAUAUUCCACUCCUUUGAGGAUGACAGAUAUCCCCAAAUAUACCCUCAUCAUCUUGAUUCCCAAAUCUCUAUGGUUCCAGGCAGCUGACAUACAUGACCCCAUGCUGCGCCAAGCCCCAGCAAACAGCAGCACAGAGUUCCCACUUCCUUCGCACAGAAAGGGGCAGAGACAGUGUUUUGAGACAUUUCUAGCACUUUAUGGGCCAGCUCUUGCCGGCCAUUGAAAUGGAUUCAACGCCAGCAUAAUCACUGGUCCUCUCACUGUGACUGUGGGAGUCCACUAGAAGCUGUUUCUCUUUUUUAUUUAUCUCCCACAGCUUGUGGCUGGCUCAGGAGAGGGCGUUAUGUUUGACUUAUGGGCUCAAGGAGCAGGAGAGACAUCUCUUCACCCUAAAUGCAAAAUACACUGACCUACACAAUGAAGACCGCAAAGCAGGAGCCUAUGAUGUCAACUCCAGACCGUGAGCUUUGCUAGGUCUGGGCACGAAAACUGACAUGGCAGAGCAGACUGAGCUCAGGCGAUGUGAAAUUUAACCAACAUAUUUUACACCCACACCACUAAAAAUAGGACGCCGACGCCAACUCUUCAUCUGGAAAGAGAGGAAACACCAGUGUUGCUGUGUUUUGGAUGAGGCACAGCACUGAAGUCCUGACCAUAUUUAGCCAUAAGAUCAUCUCGUAGGAUUUCUGCAUGAGAGCGGAGUUUUAGAAAAAUUAUUCUGGCCAAGUGCCAGUUCUGCCUUUAUUAUUUCUCCCUGCUAUCUCAAUACUUCAUUUCAUCACCUAAAUUGCUGUGCUGAGUUACUCGAGGCUGCUAAAAUGCUGUCAUGCUACAGAGGCAACUAUGUGAAGGAAAUGAUGUCUCUGCUGAAAGUGCUCCAUACAGCUGAAAUCAGGCCACCUAUUUAGGUGUCGAGUUUAGAUUUUUCAUUGUAAGUACAGAAACUUGAAACAUUUUGCCCAAAUGUGUUGAAAGCUACAAAGACAUUAAAGAUUAUUCAUGGAAUAAAUAUUCAUUUGCAGGAAGACAUUUUUUUUUAACGCAUGAAUAUUUCAGGCAGCGCGUUGCAAUGUGUGCAGCCGCUUACAGAAAAAGGUGAUCAUAUUCCGGGUGCUAUUUCAAUAGUUCCUAAUAUUAACGAUACCUGGAUUGUACUUCAUUUUUUAUGAUUUAAUGGCAGUUUCUGCUUAAGUUCCUAGAUUUUCCUUAACUAAUUACUAGUAAUGAAAAAUUCCCUGAGGAUUCGUCUUCCAAUUCUUCCAUACCAGGUUCUGCAACGCUGUCACUUUGCUGAUAACUUUUAACCACAAAUGCUAUGUUACACUUGCUGCCUUGAACACCAGAAAAAAAUGUCCUUAUUUUAUUCGCAACUCCUCUGUCCGCUUUUUCCCAUAGAAAAAGCGAUUACUUUGCCAACAGCAUAUUAAUAUAUUGCAGCUUUACAUCUUCAGCUUUCCGUGUUUCAGAAUUUCCAUUUUUGAGGUACUGUCUGUCUGGCCGGGUCCUGCCUGAGCCUGUGUGGAGCUCUGGUACCAUCUAGUGUUACUGGGGAAAUCCUGAACGGUGGCUGGACGUGGAUCUCAUGCGGGGUUUGCAGUAGGAAAAGCCUGUCGUGACAGAAAGUGGCGAUUCAGGAUUAUUUGAAAACAUUUCCUCCGCCAGCAGCCGCUAUCCUGGCCAUGGUGGCUCAGGAUGAGCCCGUCCCAGCCUGACUGCGAGGGAAGCAACUCUCCCAGCUGCAGGAAAGUGUCUUGGGCCACUGAGCCAGGCGUGUGCGCAGGUUGUCACCUGUGGGGCCUGGGCCCCCAAGAUGCACCCCAAAAGGAGACACAAUGGGGCUUCGCCACCUCCCUCUUCCCCUCCUGCAGGGCCUCACGCACCAGAACGCCCCACAGGACCCUGCACUGACGCCGAUUUCCCUCUCAUUCCACAGCUCGCGGAGGAUGAAGGGUUUAUUUAAUCACUUCUGCAGCCCCGCCGCUGAGGGAGCCGGGCCUGCACGGGGCGCACGGCCCUUGCCCUCACCAAAGAUGGCGGCCCCGCCGCGGCUCUGCCACCCCGCUGUCAGGGCGGUAGUAGCGCGGGGAGCGUCACGGCGCGCACCCCUUUUCUGGGGUCGCCGCCUCGGAAGUACUUGUUGGUUCAAAGAGUGGCGGGUUUGAGCGGCUUGGUGGCGGCGGGAGCGGGGCCGGGGGCUGUACGGGUUCUCUCUGUUCUGGAUGGAAACGGCAAUGUUUUUUGGACUGCUGACUGCAAUAAGGGUUGAAUGUUUCCAUCCCUAGUAUAACUUAAUCAACAUAGAUGAAGAGUUUGGGUCUUGGAGAAAUUUUUAUCUUCCCU